AUGCAGUUUGUCCAUGAACCCGCUAUCAAGAUAAUGCUGUUUCAAGCAGAUGAUGCGGACCAGGAUGUGUCGAAAACCCACACUGCGGCCCCGCGAUCUCGAAAUACACAUAUAGCCUUACCUCCGCGAUUUCAAAACCUCGCCUACUAUCGCUCCAUGAUGAAGGACUUCACUUCAGCCUUGAAACGCAUGUCGCUUCGCGAGGUCGGCGUAACGAAGAAACACCGAUAUUUUGUAGUAUCACGAAUGCGUGUAGACGAAGUCCAACAUGUCCACGACGCAUUUACGCACGCGCCGGGUGGAGUUGGCAUCCAGACCUCCCGAGGCGGUAGUGCAAACUUGGAAGUUCUGAUCGACGACAUUCAAAUCUCAUCGUUAUUUCGGUUACGGAUCCAGUGGGAUCACAUGUGGCGCAAACAGGAUGCCAAUCGAAUCCUCCGUGUGGCCGAUCCCGCAUAUGGCAGUGUGCAGAACGAACUAUGCGAGAUUGCGGCGAGGCGAAAUAAGCACUAG